AUGAGGGGUUUGCUGCGCAGCGGUCUUUGGAGCACCGCCUUUGUCAUCUCCUUCACCUCCGUCCUCUCGUUAUUAUCAAAUUCGCUCCAAAGUAGCGAGAUCGGUUACGAGAUCCCGGAUACCGCCACGCUCGACGUCAAUCCGAUAGUGAGUCCUUCGGUUCAAGAUGUGAGACUUCAGGUGCGACCGACGGGCUUGCAACGCAGUAGCGUGUCAGCUUCAAGCGGGGAUGCGUUUCUGAGAUCGGAUCUGCAUUCAGCAAGCAAUGUACGGACGCAAGAGGAGUUUUCGAAGCAGUUUCCUUCUGAGAAUUCCGAGGAUCCACAGCCGCGAAUCACUGGAAAAACUGAAGAUCCGCAGCCGUUGAUUUCUGGGAAUGCGCCAGAUCCAACUCAGAGGCUGCUUCAUGGGAUCGAUCUGGUCGAGAUGGAAGUGGAGGAAGACGAGACAACCAUAAAGAGGGAAUCCAUGGAAAGGGAAACCAGGAAAGAGGUAGCAGCAUCUGACCGGAGGUCUCUAUCAUCAGCUUCCUCUUUGUCCGGAAACGCGAAUUUCGGGGAGGGGAUCGUGAAUGUUCUACAAUCGAAUGUUCCCGUAGCGGAAAAUUUGGUGUCCGACAGGAGAAUAUGCGGAGAGGGGCCGUUGAAGGUGUAUGUGUACGAUCUGCAUCAGAAGUUCAAUUUCGGGCUGUUUCGACAUAAGGAGCUCGAGAGCCUGCCUUUUAGCGCGGAUGAAGUUCCGCAGCUGCGGUAUCAGCGGAAGGCGAACGGAGGGGUGUCGGGACGAGGCUUCGAACACAGCGGCGAAUUUUUCAUCGUUUAUAACCUGCUGGCGAACAACCACAGCGACAGCAGCAGGAGCAACGGCGACAUUAUAAGAGUAACGGAUCCCGCUAAAGCGGAUGUGUUCUUCGUGCCCUUCCUGGCGUCGCUCAGCUUCAACAUCUUCACCACCAAUGGCAUGCGAGGCGCGCUCGCAGAAAAGGACAAGAUUCUCCAGGAGGAGCUGUGGAGCGUCUUAAAGGAGUCCCCCUGGUGGCAGCGGUCGGGAGGCAGGGACCACAUCAUCCCCAUGCUACAGCCGAACGCCCUUCGCCACAUUCGCCAGCGCCUCGCUCCAGCCAUGUUCCUGCUGCUCGACUUUGGCCGAUAUGCUCAAGGCGUGGCCCGGUUGAGCAAGGACAUAGUGGUCCCAUAUAAUCACAUGGUACCGCCUUACACGGAACCGGCUAGCUAUGGGGAGGCGCAGGGGCCGUGGGAGGCGCGAAAGACGCUGCUGUUCUUCCAAGGGACGAUUAUGAGGAAGGAUGAGGGGUAUAUCCGCAAGCUCAUCUUUGACAUGUAUCACAAGGAGCCAGAUGUCAGAUUCGUAGAGAGCAAGAUCACCGGGCCACAGGACAUCAUCUCGGCAGCAGAGGGUCUGAGAAACUCCCGCUUCUGCCUGAAUGCAGCCGGAGACACGCCUUCGUCUGCACGGCUCUUUGAUGCCAUCACCAGCCACUGCGUGCCAGUGGUCAUCAGCAACAAGAUCGAGCUGCCCUUUGAGACGUCGAUCGAUUAUUCCGACUUCACGCUCUUUGUCUCCCAUGAGGACGCCCUGCGCCAGGGCUAUCUGCUGCGCCUGUUGCGCACAUUUUCCAAGGAGAGGUGGCUGCGCAUGUGGCGGAACCUGCAGCGAGUGAAGCACCACUUUGAGUUCCAGUACCCUUCGCAACCAGGUGAUGCCGUCAGCAUGGUGUGGAGGGAAAUUCGCAAGAAGCUUCCUCGAGUGCGACUGGCAAUCCACAGGGGGAAGCGGCUAGUGGUGCGCGAUUGGACCAAUGUGUAA